UCGAAGCCCAUUUCCGCAAACUUGGGACUCUAUAGACUUCCACCGCUCCACUCCCAAAUCACUCCAACAGCUCUAACUGUCCUCUAUUCUCUGCCACCACAACACACUCAACUGUCUCUCCCUCUCUUUAGCACAGAACCGCCACAAUGCGGCUCUCCACCGUCGUCUCUCUACUGUUACUGUUCUCAUCUGCCGCCACACUCACCAACGCGCACAACAUCACGCGCCUACUGGCCAAGCACCCUGCUUUCUCCACCUUCAACCACUACCUAACCAUAACACACCUGGCCGCCGAGAUCAACCGCCGCACAACCAUCACCGUCUGCGCAGUCGACAACACUGCCAUGUCAGAGCUUCUCUCCAAGCACCCUUCCAUCUACACAAUUAAGAACAUUCUUUCCCUCCACGUUCUCUUAGACUACUUCGGCGCCAAGAAGCUCCACCAAAUAACAAACGGCACAGCACUGGCAGCCACCAUGUUCCAGGCCACGGGAUCUGCGCCGGGAUCUUCGGGGUUCGUUAACAUCACUGAUAUGAAGGGAGGGAAAGUGGCAUUAGGACCGGAGGACAACGGAGGGAGUCUUGAUGUGUACUUUGUGAAAUCUUUGGAGGAAGUGCCUUAUAACAUUUCGGUUAUACAGAUCAGCAAGGUUUUGCCGUCGGACGUGGCAGAGGCUCCGACGCCGGGACCGAGCCAGAUGAACUUGACUGACAUAAUGUCGGCUCAUGGUUGUAAGGUUUUCGCUGAUACUUUACUGGCAAAUCAUGAAGCUUCAAAGACAUAUCAGGACAAUCUUGAUGGAGGAUUAACAGUGUUUUGCCCUCUUGAUGAUCCAUUCAAAGCUUUCCUACCCAAAUUCAAGAACUUAACAGCAGCAGGCAAAACAUCAUUACUUGAAUUCUUUGGUGUACCUGUCUAUCAAUCUCUAUCCAUGCUAAAAUCCAACAAUGGUCUCAUGAACACUCUGGCUACUGAUGGGGCAAACAAGUUUGAUUUCACAGUGCAAAAUGAUGGUGAGGAUGUGACAUUGAAGACAAGGAGUACCACAGCAAAAAUUAUUGGGACUUUGAUAGAUGAGCAGCCAGUUGCUGUAUUUACCAUUAACAAGGUUUUGUUGCCUAAAGAGCUGUUCAAGGCAGAAGCACCAACUCCUGCUCCAGCACCUGCCCCAGAGAAAGCCGCAGAUGCACCAAAAUCUAGUAAGAGCAAGGACCUGUCUUCAGCACCAUCAGACUCACCAGCAGAUGCACCGGCUGAUGACCCAGCUGAUCAAGCAGCUGAUGAAAAUGCUGGUGUGAGAUUUGAUGGUGGAAGACUUGUUGCUGUGGUGUUAAGUUUGUGGUUAGGGCUUUUGAUGCUGUAAGUUUUUCAAUAUUCCUUUUCACCAAGUUUGUGGGGAAUAAGUCAGGCCCUUAAUGGGCUAAUUUAUUACUCAGUGAGGAUAUGUUUACUCUUUUUUCUUCUCUUUUUUUUUUUCUUUAAAUUAUUUUUAGUGUGUGGUUUUUUUUUUUCCAAGAGGAUUUUCAGAGGUUUGUGAUUUGUAUUUUGUAACAGAUGUUGUAGAUCUAUUGAUACACAUUGUUAUGGUCACUAAUCAGGAAGAUUUUGGCAUUGUAAUAUAAAACUAUUGUGUGCAA